CAGCCCAUCCCCUCUCCGCCUGGCCCCAGCUCUGUGCUCCCACUCUCUACAGAUGGUCGCUUUGCUUUGACAUUAAGUUGGAGGUUUUAAAUCCGGAAUCUCUGGGGAUUUUUUUGAGCUCCACCUUAACACAGGGGUCGGGGACGAGCUGGGGAUCCCGUGACUCGGGGGCGCGCCUGGGACUUGGCUCCAAUGUGUAAAAGUUUGAAGUGAGGGAGAUCAGGUCUGAGCUGAGGAUUAACAGAGCUCUGUGUAUCCAGGACCUUGUCUCGGGGAUGGUGUCCCCCUGAAUUGUUGACCUGUUUCCAUUACCUCCCCCCUCACAUUGGGACAGUACAUUCCCUGUCGAUGUGAGGCACCGGAGACAUAUAGCGAUGUGUUGGACCAGUGUCUUGCUCCAUCCAGCUGCUGCUUUGCUGCUGUUCAUGCCCAUCUGUCAGCUGUCUAAAUACACUCCAGGAGUGAUGCCGUUUGAGGAGGUUUGGAAUCGCAGUCACUGUCGGACCAUUGAGGUUUUGGUGGAUGUUGCUCGAGAGUAUCCAAACGAGGCGGAGUAUAUUUUCAAGCCCUCCUGCGUACCCCUCCUACGAUGUGCUGGCUGCUGUGGCGAUGAGAAAUUACGGUGCACAGUACGGGAGAUGUACAACGUAACGAUACAGGUCAUUAAAUUGAAACCUUUGGAUCAUGUGACCAGCCAAGAGGAGAAGAUCUUCACUGAGCACAGCAGCUGUGAAUGUCGGCGGCGACGGAAGCGGUUGAAAAGUGACAGGAGAAACAACAAGAGGAAAGGUCAGAGGCAACGGACAAAGAUAGGAGACAUGCCUGAGCUUAACCAAUGCCCCUCAAUGAGUAGGAGGCACGUCCAAGCAGUCUGAGGCCUGGAUUGUGAGAUCACCGAACUGUAGAGAGACAUUUGAAUGGGGAGCUGCGGCAAUGACGUGCAACAUUGGCAACAGCUCCAUGUUGCUGUGGCUGCCUUUCAUAGUGUGGCUGUCUGAGUGAACCGGAAUUUGCUCAUUUUUGAGGGGGGAAAGGAGGCAGAGAGGGAGAAGUUCUGAAUUGUCCCAGUGCAGGAGGAGGCCAUUCCUCCCGCAGAUCCUGCACUGGCUCUCCGAGCGAGCGUCUUACCUAGCGCUGUUCUCCUGCCUUCUCCCUGUCACCUUGCACAUUCUUCCUACUCUUAAAUCAAUCCAAACGCCCUUUUGAAAAUUGAAAGUGAGCCUGCUUUUUUUUUAAGGCAGUGCAUUCUACAUUGCUUAAGAAAAUAGAUUCUCCUCUGUUUUGCUUCAUCGACCAACUCGGCUUUUAAAUCUAACCUUUCGCUUUGCAAGUGGGAACGGUACCUCCCUAUCUCCUGCAUCCAGCCCCCUGUUGAUUUGGAAAGUCUCUCUCUGCCAUAUUUUCACCAAGGAACACCGUUCCCUUCUGUUAACUGGAAACUGUAAAAGAGUGACUCUUACUUCAAUUGUGAUUUUUAACGAAUAUCCACUCAGCACGAUAUGUUUUAGAACUCCAAUCCAGAAACCUCGUGAGCAGCACGAGUUGAAGAAUUGCGUGUGUCUGUAUUUUUAAACUAAUCUGGAAUUCCCCUCUUUUAUAUCUAAGAAAGGGACUUCCAUUUAUUUAGCACCUUUCGCAGCUUCAGGUUGUUUCCCUGGUUGCUUUCGAGGUGAGAGAUUGAAGCAUAACCACCGCCCUGCAGGAAGUGCCAAUGAGUGCACAGCAAGAUCCCAGAAAGCGGUGUGUCACAAAUGGAUGAUUGCAGAAGGCACCUCUUAAACAAUCUGGGCAGUAGAUUCAUGGGGUCCCCUGAUCCUUUCACAUUACCCUAGUCACUGAUUUCUACUGGGGUUUAGUUGUAGUUGUGCUGACCUGUGUGUGGUCUCUGUGUGGAUAUACUGUGACAUCUGCUGAGGCUCCUGUGGCACACUACCACUGAGACAGAAGGCCUAGGUUCAGGUCUCGCCUGCUCCUGAGGCGUAUCAUAACAUUUCUAAACCGGUUGGUUAGAAUUAUCUGUAAUGUGACACCUGUAGCAAUUUGUCGCAGAGUUAUUCCAGCAUUGAAGAAAGCCAUUAGGUCUCUCUUGGUCUGUACCAGCUCUGAAUGAACAAUUUACUUCUUGCCAUUCUCCCACCUUUUCCCUCUAAUCCUGCAAUUCUUCCUUUUUCAGAUGACAGUAGCCCAACUGAGCCUACCUCCACCACAGCAUCAGGCAGUGCAUUCCAGACUGUGACCGCUUUGAGUGAAAACUAUAUUCCUCAUUGUUUUUUUGCUUAUUUACUUUAAAUCUGUGCCCUCUUGUUCACCAUUGUUUCAAGAGUAAGAACAGUUUCUCCCUAUUUACUCUGCCCAGACCUCCCAGUUUUGAUCCCCAUAUUUAAGAAAGCAUACGCUGGCAUCGGAGGCAGAUUAAAAGAGACGGAUGAUACUGAUUCCUGGGAUGGAGGAGUUAGAGUCAGAGAGAUGUACAGCACGGAAACAGAGCCAAACUCGUCCGUGCCGA